GUACCGUCGCGAUCAAAGCUUUAUCGGAUAUUAAAGGAUUAUACUUCGCUUUCAGAAUAGCAGCACAAACUUUCAAAAUUGUUUGGGAAAUUCGAAAAGACCAAUCAUCGGUAGCACACAUUCAGUGAUCGGUUUCAUUGCAGUAUAUAAGAAUACACUUUAUCUUUGGCAAAUACUUUGCAGAAGGAUAACACUGAUGUUCAUCCAAGAUGAGCCAAUGAUGAGCGAUGGCAGGUUAAAGGACAGAAGGGAACCGUCGUACGAAUCCAACCAAUGGACCGAGAGAACAGGAAACAAAUCAAAGCUCUUUCAAAAGAUUCAAAAAGGGUGGAGUCCGCCGGAUUUUACGACUUGGAAUGAAGUUAUGAACAUAUUUUCUGAUGAACCGGACACACAGAGACGUAUUUGUGAAGUUGUAAGCAGGAACAUUGAAAAAAGCUUGGUAGAAAGCUCACAUCAAAGGUUUAUGCCGCAUAUGAAGAAAAUGACACCGACAAAAAUAUCGUCUUUGUAGUCGUUGCAAACAAAAACGUCAAUAGACCUGAAACUCAAGGUUUUCCUUUAAAAAUCCACCAUAAGGCCAUGCUAGUUUCAGAAGACAGAAUGAUUUCAAGACAAGAGAAUAAUCGAAAACUUAGCUUGUCUCCAAAGAUAUUGCGAGACAUGGGAAAACUGUGAAAAACAACAAAAUAAAACUCUCUUUCAAUAUCCAAACCUUUCAAAGAGUUCAUACAGUUGUCUUAGAGGCAGGAAUUAUGCUGAUCCAGAAAACAUGCAGUUUGAGGAAAAAGACUGCAUAGUUCUGUCAGUUUUCUUGAAAGGGUGGAUCCCGUUUGGAUUUGAAAAGUUCGAUGAUAAAGUGGGAAACUAUUCAGUUGAUGUGAGGGAGUUUCAAGGAAUAGAUAUGCAAGGAGAUAAAAUUGACAUGCUGUCACAGAAAAAGGAAACAACGAUUUUUGAACAAGACAUUAUCACGUGCACAAUGCAAGGGUGUCUCAAACGAGAUGAUGCACUCACAUGUGCUCAUGGUGUUCUGAGUGAAAGUAAUUUGCGUGAACUGAAAGAAGAUUGCUACAGUAAAGAAAUGAAAGAAUUUAAAAACGUCGGUGACCUUUUCGAAGCAUCUGAUCCUCCUUCGUGUAAGUUCGGAACCAUCAAAGAUGUUUAUUACGGUAAUAAAGACGAUGUUUUUGUUGACAUUGCUGUCAUCGAACCCAACGUUCCAAUGAUUAACUUAACAGACGAAAUAAGGAAGUAUGCAUCUGAUUUUGAAAUACAACCGAUUUGCAAGCUCAGCUACCAAGAAAAUUGUGAUGACAUACGAGUACGUGGCAAGACAAUUGUUAUAAAAUAUGGCUGUGCAUCGGGACUUACAUUUGGGGUAUUCAGUCACCCUAUCGACCUUCCAGACUGCAACAAACUUGAUGUUUUAGAAAUUGACGGAGAAUCAAGAGAGUUUUCGCAUCCAGGUGACUCCGGAGCAUUUUUGCUGAAAGUUGAUCCCAAAAUAAUCAGCAAUACGGUACUUGAAGAAUUCCGAGUUAAAAGGGACAAAUUGAUUGAUUUGAACAACCAAGACGGAAACGGUGUUCGAUUUCAAAAGAACGAACAUUUCCAAAUCAUCGGAAUCGUGCAUGGAUGUGCAAAAGAUGAUCCAUACAAAACAUAUUGUACUAGAAUUACCCCAAGCAUAUCAGCGUUGAGAAAGCCGUAUUACUUUUGUUCGUAGGAAAGCUCACCCGACGUUAAAAUGCGCUUGAGGAAAGUAUGAGUUAGAAAUGGAGACAGCAUACUAGCUAUUAAGGGACGUUUAAAAUGUUAUUUGAUGAUAAUUUCAGUUUUAUUCUUAUUGAGGUAUUUAAUGGACUUCAAAUAAAAUAGACCGCUAUUUAUUACAACAUCAUUUCAUUUUAAGAUUAUUUACUAGGUAAUAGUUAUGCAUUAAUAAAGAAAACUAGAAAAGCUAAUCUUUGUAACGGUUUGUUUUAAUCUAGACCCGCGUUUGGUUAAAUUAUUAUGUGUAUUUUUAUCAUAUAUUUAAAUAAUUUGUGUACUUUUAUUAUUAUUUCUAUCUUUGACGGCAUGUGACUUGUGUUGGUAAAUAUUUGGUUUUCAAAUAAUUGCAGUCACAAUGACUUAU